AUGGUCAAGCCCGUGGAACUCGCUCGAGAAACUCGUCAAGAUCCGGCAGCUGCAGGACUCAACCCCCACCCAGCACGCGUCGAGCAACCGUACGCCAUGUCCAACAAGCGCUCACGCCACCAAUCCGCCACGGUCGAGAAGGAGUCGCCGCCGCAAGAGCUCGGGGCAUCUUCGACCUCGCCACCGCAGUCUGCAGCCAAGCGCCGCCGCCUAGGCGAUCGCACGCGCAUCGCCACCAGUCGUCCGUCCUCGACGCCAAGUACCUUGGCCGCCACCGCCGCCUCCCCCUCUUCCUCUUUCGUCCGCGAUUCAAGCAGCCUCAGCAUCGGAAGCAGCAGCCAUGGACACUCCGUGGCCGUAAUCCAAGGCAAGAUGGACAAGGCAAGACGUCUCAAGUCUGUGGUAAGGGGCAGAGCUGCGUGCGCCGCCCAAGAGGCCCGGCUCGCUUCCUCUAACCCGCAUCGUCGGCCCCUUGGCUCCCGCAGGCAAGCGAGGCGCACCGGGAUGGCCGACUCGAGGAAGCUUUCCUGA